UUUCCAUCACCGAAGAGUAAUCUGUGCUUGCGAUGUAAUGUGGCAACAGCGCUGUGAAGUAGAUAAUUUUGCAUGUAAAUAUUUGCACGUCUAAGUGUGUGUUUUAGUAUCAAGAUUGAAUUAACAUUAUAUAAAAUGUCGAAUAAAUUCGAUGCGUUGAAAAGCAGUGAUGACAGUGGUGAGGAAGAAACUGGUAGCAAAGAUCUUCAGAAGGCAGAAAAGGAGUCCUUGACUCCAAUAGAUGUUCCGGCAGGUGAACACAAGUUGCAGUACGCAUAUUGCUUGUGGUUCAGUCGGCGGUCCCCAGGAAAGCAAGCUUCUGUGCAGAACUAUGAUCAGAAUUUGAAGCUGAUAGGACGGUUUGCCUCUGUGGAGCAGUUCUGGGCCUUGUAUAGUCACCUAGUGAGACCAUCAGACCUACAAAGUCAUAGUGAUUUUCACCUAUUCAAAGUUGGAAUAAAACCAAUGUGGGAGGAUGAAGCAAAUCAGAGAGGAGGAAAAUUGAUUUUGCGACUGAGGAAAGGGUUGGCAUCACGUUGUUGGGAAAACUUAGUUCUAGCAAUGCUGGGGGAGCAGUUCAUGGUGGGAGAAGAGAUAUGUGGUGCAGUUGUGUCAAUUCGGUACCAGGAGGAUAUAAUAUCAGUGUGGAAUAAGACUGCAUCAGAUUCAUCAACAACAGCGAGAAUACGAGACACAUUACGAAGAGUCCUUAAUUUGCCUCCAAACACGAUACUAGAGUACAAGACUCAUAAUGACAGCCUUAAGGCAUGGAAAACAGUUCCUCCUCUGAAAAGCUGAAGCGUCAUGAUAACACUGUUGGAUCCUGAGUGUUCAUAUUGUUGGAACAACCAUUCAAAUUAUUAUAGGAUGAGUACAAAAUUUUUGAAGAAUAUCAAGAUAUAAGAGUGUGGUUGCAGAAUGUGACCUGCAAACAAGGACAUAACCCCAUGCUUAUAAUAUAUUCACUUAAGAAUUGGGACACUACAACAGCACUGAAUUUGACAGUGUUGAAGUAUUUUCUGUCAGAUAUGCCGAGGUGCUGCAGACCCUUACCAUUUCAUAUUAAUUGGCGCUUGAAAUCAUCCUGAAUUUCCAAACUUGAAAAAUGUGACAAAAAGUUUUUCUGUUAUGGUGAAUUUGCACAGCAUAUAUGCAUGUAUGUGUAUGUAAUGAAUCAAUAUUGAUAUAGAAUAGAAUCAGAUGAGGUGAGAAACAGUUUCAGUAAUUAAUUUACUUCUUUUGUUUCUGCUGGUAAAAGAUAAAUGUGGAUAUGUUUGGUAUGUCAAGUACACUGUAUACAUAAAAAAAGAAAAUGAUGCCAGAAGAUAGAAAAUUUUCUGUAACAUAUAAUUUAUUGUCAGAUUUGGAAGUGAUAGUAAAUAGAUUUUUAGAACCAAUGUGACCAAAUCCAUAUUAUAUUGUAAUAACAUUUAGAUUGCUUAUUCAUUUGGGGCCUGGAUUUAUGAAUGAUUCUUGAUCUGGAACCAACUUUAUGUUUAUUGCAAAGCACAAAGGUAGAGUGGCUUGUAAUAUGACAUGAUCUUGCCAAUGUGUAUCAUAAUCUGUAAGUUGGUUUUAAAUAAAAGAGAAUAAGAAAUCAUA